AUGGCUGGGCUUCGGAAGGAGAACAAUAAGGCACCAAAGUCCCAGGAAGGACUGAACAAGAACACUAGUCCCGAAAAGCCUACUAGUACUGGUUCUUUUUACUGGGCAAUUGUUGCCGGUCUCCUUGGUUGCGCCCUUGCGUUUUCCGGAUUGAUCCCGUUGAGCCGCUCUCCUACACCCCAAGCAUCGCCAGUAUCGCGCAUUAAUGUGAAGCUCGAAGUAGAUAUAGAGAAGCGGGAUGCGAUUGUCGCAGCCUUUCGUCACGCAUAUUCUGCAUAUGAACGAGAUGCAUUUGGUGCAGACGAAUAUCACCCAAUAAGCCAAAAAGGAUCGAAUCUAACAGAUGCCGGCGGGAUUGGCUAUACUAUUGCGGACUCAUUGGACACGAUUAUAAUGAUGCAGCAACAAGGGUAUGACUUUGAUGCCGAGUAUGAACGAGCGAAAACUUGGAUACGAGACACCUUGAGCUUCGAUCGUGAUGCCAAUUUCAAUACAUUCGAGACUACGAUACGUGUAUUUGGAGGACUUCUUUCAGCGCAUUUCUUGACAGCCGAUGACGUUUACCUUCAUAGAGCUCGUGAACUGGCCGAUCGGAUUAUGCCAGUCUUCGAGACUCCCUUGGGACUUCCAACUUCGAUGGACGGCAAAUGCACUAGCAAAGGAGUUCUUGAUAAAGACAACGGCAAAAUGAUUAGCGUAGCAGAGGCUGCGACGUUGCAACUUGAGUUUAAAUACCUAAGCUACCUGACUGAAGAAGACAGCUACUGGCGGGCAGUUGAAAAGGUUAUGGGAAUCAUCAAAAAGGCAGCAACCCAGCCGAUCGUCCCCAUAUUUCUCUCCGCCGAAACAGGGCAAUUUGUUGUAUCGGACAUUCGACUUGGCUCGCGCGGAGAUUCAUACUAUGAGUACCUAUUAAAGCAAUACUUGCAAACAGACCGUUCGGAAAUAGUUUAUCGAGUGAUGUACGAUGACGCGAUGGCCGCUAUCCGGGAACACUUGUUGAUGAGGACACCGACGAGUAAGAUUGUACACACUGGGGAGCUUCAGCCUACCCGCGCUGGUGGGUAUCAACAGCGAGAUUGGAAACUGGUUCCCAAGCAAGACCAUUUAGUUUGCUUCCUUGGCGGGUCUUUGCUCCUCGGAGUGACAGACGGUGGCCGAAUGAGAGUUCCCCCCGACACUUCGAAAUUCAAUGAGCGCGAAAAAAAUGAUUGGACGAUGGGUGUCAAACUUAUAGAGGGUUGUAUGGCAACUCAUGAAACUGCUACAGGACUUGCGCCCGAAAUUGCCCAUUUCAGAACAAAACAUGACCCUCCAAUGGUACGAGACCAAGCCCCACUUGAUUGGUAUAUCAAAGGGACCACGGACAUCGAAAACGAUACAUCAUACGACGCGAGAUAUAUUCUUAGACCUGAAACAGUUGAAUCUCUCUUCUUAGCAUAUAGGCUUACCGGUGAUCCAAAGUAUCGCCAUUGGGGAUGGAACAUUUUCCAGUCUAUCGAAAAGCAUUGCAAAGUGUCUACAGGAGGCUAUGCGACCGUGCUCAACGUUGACAAGCUUCCUGUUAGCUGGGACGACAAACAGGAAACCUUCCUCCUAAGUGAAACCUUGAAGUAUUUGUUUUUACUAUUUUCUGACAAUACCGUACUACCAUUGGAUGAAAUUGUUUUCAAUACUGAAGCACACCCUUUCCCCGUGUUUACGCCUUCCUUGAAAACUGGGUUUGCUUGA